AGAUCAACAAGUAAAAAUCAGUUUCCUCAACACCACAAUGACUACAACACAACUCUCCUUCUACCUCUUGUGUUACUUUAUAAAUACCUGUUUUUGCAUCCAUUUAUACCAAAUAACUCCGCCUGUGGAUCAUGGCGAAGGUCCUACAUGGGACUGCCGCAAAAACCUUCUAUAUUUCGUUGACAUUCACGCCGGAAAUGUGUAUUCUUACGAGCCUUCAAGCGGAAAUUUACAUUCUAUUCACCUGAACGGUGAAGUUUCGCCUGUUAUACCAUCAAAACGCGACCCCGAACUUUUGAUAGUCGGUGUCAAUCGUACUGUAGUUGCUGUGGAGUGGAAUGGAAAUAGUUCCGAUUAUCAAAGCAAGCCUCUGGUGACGGUGUCGAAGCAGUUUCCUAUGAGCCGCUUCAAUGACGGUAAAGCGGAUAAGCAAGGUCGAUUGUGGUUUGGAACUAUGGGAUAUGAAACUUCCACAAGCCUCGCUCCUAAUCAAGGCUCGCUCUACAAAAUCACCCGAGACAACUUACACAACCCUUCUGUUAUGAUAUCACCCGUCAAUAUAAGUAACGGGCUUGCUUGGAACAAAGCAAACAACAAAUUCUACUACAUAGACACCCCGACUCGAAAAAUCGUCGAAUAUGACUAUGAUGACGCUGGUGGUGAAAUCAAAAAUGGACGCGUAGUUUUUGAUCUUAGUUGGUACAGCUCCAUUAAGGGUUUUCCUGAUGGUAUGACCAUAGAUCGUGACGAUAAUCUAUGGGUGGCCUUGUAUUCUGGAAGUGCUGUGAUUAAAGUCGACCCAAAAACUGGAUAUCUUCUUCAGAUUGUGGCCAUACCGGCAGAAGCUGUGACGUCUGUGAUAUGGGGUGGUCAGAAUCUGGAUGUUCUGUAUAUAACAACGUCAAGAUAUAGACUGAAUAAAGAACAAAGGCUGAAGCAGCCGUAUGCCGGCAGUGUUUUUGCUUUGACGGAUCUGGGGACGGGAGGGGUGAAGGGAUUUAAAGCCGAUAUUGUAGAUGAGAUUUGAUGGUUGUAUUAGUUUGAUAACU